AUUUCUUAUUUGCUUCAAUUAGAUACCUUUACCAUGACUAAUAAAUUAAUACUAGUCCUAGCAUGUCUAACUUCACUAAUUUGUUCUACAAUGUGUUUGAGUAAGGGAGGAGAAAGUUAUGUUCGCGAUGCAUGUAGUGUGACUCGAUAUCAGGACCUCUGCCUCCACUCGCUAGCAUCAUUCUCGAGGACAGCCAAGGACAACCCUAGCAAGUGGGCCCGGGCUGGGGUCUCGGUGACAAUAAGCCAAGCCAAGGGUGUCACUCAAUCCUUGUUGAAAUUGAGGAAAAACAAUUUCUUGAAAGGGAAAGGUAGAGUUGCUAUUUUAGAUUGUGUUGAUUGUUUGCAAGAUGCACUUGACAAUCUACACAACUCAUUAGGGGUGCUAAGAAAACUUAGUAGCCAAACUUUUAAUGACCAAAUGGGUGAUGUGACCACUUGGCUAAGUGCUGCUCUAACUGAUGAAGACACUUGCUUAGAUGGACUUGAAGACAAAAAGAGAAAGCAAGUGAAGUUACUCUUGAAUAAAGUCACAAAUGUGAGUUAUAUGACUAGUAAUGCACUUGCUUUAGUCAACAAGCUUGCAACAACAGGACCACAAUGCUUAGAAAAUUCAUAGUAGGACUUGCAGAUUUUUCUUUAUAUGAAUUUAUUAGUCACUGCUUUGAAAUGCCUUUUUUUUUUUUGUUAAGUUACGUUGAGCAUCUAUCAGAAACAACCUAUCUAUCUCUAUGAAGUAGGGGUUAAGUCUGUGUACACUCUAUCCUCUCCAGACCCUACUUAUGAGAUUAUACUGGAUAUGUCGUUGUUGUUGGUAACCAGUUCCUAUUAUAGGUUAAGAGUAUAUAAUGUAUAAAAAAAC